AUGGCCCUGGGCGUGUCCCUGGCGCAGAACUUCAACCAGAAGCUAGCGAAUCUGAACGACAAGUGGAAUGAUUUCAGUUUCCUCCUGCUCAAAGGCGCCGGCGUUGGAGUCGGUGGUGGUGGUGGUGGCGGUAGUGGAGGUAGUGGAGCAGGUCCUUCAAGUGCUGGGCGAUCGUCGAACGCCCGGCAUGAUUCGUACCACUCGAUCGAGUCCGCCGUGACGUGCACUGCGGCCGACUUUGAGGCUGGAAAUUUCCAGCACCAUCGCGAGAGCGAAUCCGAAAGCAAUCAAGAAUUCCGAUCCACCCGGGACGCCGGGCAACCGGGACCGUCGUACGGUGGUCGAUCGGUGGCUGGUCCGAGCCGGUCGCAUGAGCAGCGAUCGCGCCGGCCCCGGUUGCGAACGUCACGGCGAAACAGCGCCAGUGGUGAUCCGAAGGAGUUCGACAUGCUCGUCCUUAAACCGAUCGACACAGGCGAGGAUGAUAAUGAGAGUUUUUAAGCGCAAUUGUGUAGGUGGAGGGGGCACCGAACGGAGGACAGUGUUUGCAAUAGAGCCGAACGGACAUGUGAACGAUUUGAUCCGGGGGUUAAAUGAUUGGAUAGGCUAAGUAAGGCAAACGUAGUAGCGUGUAAAUAGUGGCAUUUUCAUUCCGCUUCGGAACGAUUAGGAUUAUUUUAGAUGAAAAAG